GGAUCAUUACUGUCUGUUGCUACGUCUGCGAAGACGGUGCUUAUUCUCGACUUACCUACAUUAGCUUUUCGAAGAGGGUUCCGGAUUCCAAAAGCACCAACUUCAAUGACAUUUGAUAAGGACACUUCACACGUUGUAGUGGGCGAUCGAGCUGGCCACGUAUGUAGGUAUACCGUCGCUCCACCAAGUAAAUGCGGUUAUACGGAUAUAAAUGGAGAAACGAGUCCGUAUGAGGGCGAACCUCUUACGGGUGCAAUUUCCAUGGUUCUUGACGUUGCGAUCUCCAACGAUGGUCGGCGCUUACUUGUUGCUGAUCGCGAUGAAAAAAUCCGAGUUUCGCGAUAUCCAGAGGCCUAUAUCAUAGAGUCGUUUUGUCUCGGGCAUUCUGCUUACGUUGGUUCUAUUGCACCUCAUGGCAACCGCCUGUUCUCAAGUGGUGGAGACGGUAUCGUGCAUGAAUGGGAUGUGGAAAGUGGCUCUUCUCUCGCAGAGUCUAAAAAGAUAGACGAAGAGCCCAUACGGAGAAUUUGCGUCUGCGAAAAGGACAGCAAUCUUUGCAUAGCAGCCACAAUGGGAAGUACUAUGACUGUAUUCAAUGAUAAGCUAGAAGUUAUGAAGCGAUAUAUCACAUUCGAUUCAUUAACAGAUAUUACUCCAUUCAAAGGAAACAUAAUUGGUGUGAGCAGGAAGAGAGCUGCUGAGUGA